UCUAUAAAGUAGAUAAUAUUAUUUUAUAAUGCUAAAACAAAUUAUAGAAAGUUUCUAAAUCUUUUCUGUCGUACCCAUAAUGUCAAUUUUUCAUGACCCUUUAACGUUUAAUUAUUCUUGACAAGUAAAAAUACUUCCUCUGCCUUUGACUGCCGUAUGAUUAAAAAUAUAUGAAGGAUAUGAAGAAAAAAUUGACAAAACUGUUUCAGUUGGCAAUGAAAGUUUCCCCAAGACGUGUUGGACUAGAAUUCAUAACGGUAUGAAUUCUCAAGAGUAGCAGAUGGGUUGAAUCGUCAGGCCUAACGGGGUCUCGGUUCCGGACAAUGAGCGGACCAAGACGCUGUCAGUCACGAAAACACAUGAAAGUAGUUACGAUUCAGAGCCCUGAGUAAGAAGUCACGUUCCCCUUUGCCUAUUUCGGAAUCGCGCCCAUAACGGGUCAAGCUUUGUAAUAAUAAUGCUGUCUACUGGCACCCAAAAGGCAUUGAAAUCGGCAAGAAGGUAAAAACAAUUUCGUGAUUAUGGCUGAUUAUCGACGACGAAAGUGUUCUGAGCCAUAUCAAGAACUGGACGGCGUGUUCCAUGGCUCAGAUUUGAAUACCACCGCCCAAAAUGGAAUUAGAAGAUGCGAGAAUAAUACUGUCAAUGUUGAACCACCCAUGGAACUUUCAUCCGUCGCGGUGAUACCGGAUGAUACGUUUACUGUUGGACAGGCUGUGAACGCUUUGGGUUUUGGAAAGUUUCAGGUGAAGCUUUCUUUAUUCACGGGAUUAUGUUGGAUGGCGGAUAGUAUGGAAAUGACUAUACUUAGUAUUUUAAGUCCAACACUUCAUUGCGAUUGGGGUAUCACUCGGUAUCAACAAGCUUUAACUACUACGGUUGUUUUUCUAGGGAUGAUGUUAAGCUCGACUUUUUGGGGAAAUCUGAGUGAUCGGUAUGGCCGCAAACAAGCUUUAACAUUGUGUGCAGUUUUACUUUUUUACUAUGGUUUUUUGAGUUCGUUUGCGCCAAAUUUCCUUUGGAUACUUUUGCUGCGAGGUCUGGUCGGGUUUGCGAUUGGCUGCGUACCGCAAUCCGUCACACUGUACGCAGAAUUUCUUCCUACUAAGCAAAGAGCUAAAUGUGUCGUUUUGCUUGAUUGUUUCUGGGCAUUGGGAGCGUGUUUUGAAGUAGCUCUGGCUUUAGCUGUAAUGCCAACACUAGGAUGGCGGUGGCUUUUGGCCUUUUCCACAGUACCAUUAUUUUUAUUUGCUUUAAUCACACCAUGGCUUCCCGAAUCAGCAAUGUUCGAUAUGGCAGCAGGACGCACUGACAGAGCAUUUACAACUUUAGAAAGAGUCGCGAGAGAAAAUGGGAAACCGAUGCCCUUAGGAAGACUCGUGCUUGACCGAUUUUAUCCAACGAGUAGAGGAAGAUUACGUGAUUUACUUAGCACAGAAAUGCGCCGAACAUCAGCGUUACUAUGGCUCGUUUGGAUGACCAGUGCCUUUUGUUAUUACGGUGUCGUCCUCAUGACUACGGAACUAUUUGAUACCUCAACAGAACAAUGUGCAGGAUGGUCGGAUGCCCGGUUACCAGAAACAGAUUGUCAGCUCAAUUGUCGUCUGGGACGAAGCGAUUACAUGGAUUUAUUAUGGACAACACUGGCCGAGUUUCCUGGAAUAUUUUCUACGAUUUUUGCAAUAGAGAAGAUCGGGCAGAAACGUACGAUGGCCUGUCAGCUUGUGAUGUUCGCUGCGACUGUCUGUGUACUAGGAAGAGCCUGUGUCCUGAGCCGGACAGUCUUAACAAUAGGAAUUUUUCUAGCACGUGGUCUUAUUGCUGGAGUCUUUCAAGCUGCUUAUGUUUACACGCCGGAAGUUUAUCCAACGCACUUGCGUAGCGUGGGUAUCGGUGCUUGUAGCGCUAUGGCGCGAUUAGGUGCGAUGCUUACACCUUAUGUGGCACAAGUUUUAUUACAGUGGUCCAUUGCAACUGCGAUGGGUACUUAUGCAGCUGCUGCACUGUGUGCUGCUGUGGCUACCUUAGCUUUGCCAGUCGAAAUAAAGGGUCAGGAACUGAAUGGUGCUACUAGACCUACCAGGUGAAGUCCUUUUCUUUGUUUUGUUUUUGUGCAUAGCAAACAGUGAAGAUUUAUACAAAGAAAUACGUCAAGAUGUAUCCGUCCAAAUCACUCUUGGAGUAUGAGUUCUACAACAGAAUUGGUACUUAUUUUUUAGAAAUUACAUUCGUUGUAUAGAAUCGUUAUGAGUUAAUAUAUUUUAAUAAACGAUAUAUUUAAAGUUA